AUGGGUUGGACGGAGUUGCUGCCAUGGCUAUUGUCUCAUCGUUUACACAUGAAUAUGAAGCGCCGUUGUGACAAAAAUCGCUCAUUCGCAGUGAAGUCAAUGGAUGCGAUGUGUUGGCAUAACCAGAUGAAGCUAAAAGUAGUCUAUGCUGCUACGGAAGAGAAAGCAAAGCCGAAUGAAUAUAAUUCUGAUACUGCAUCAAGAGGUUUGGGAAGAUUCUUCGGAGCCCUCUUUGGUGCAGCAAUCGUGUUCUCCUUUAAGAUGAUUUUCGAGAAGCUAUGGGACGAUUACAAGAAUACGUUGGCGUCUCAGAGGCUUGAUGACAAGUUGAAGAUAUUUGAGAAAGGUAUAAUUAAAGAUGUUAAUGGGAAAUUCAGAGUCCUAACCAAGGAAUCGAGGGUAGAGAUGGAGAAGAUAUUUGUUGAAAGGAUGAAAGAUAUGGAGAAGAGGGAGAGAAAGAAGACUAGAGAAGAGUUGGAAGAGAUGGAGAGGAAGCUAAAAAAAAGUUUGAGGAAGAGAUGGUGA